CGAUGCCUCUAUCCCCAGGGCCACAGUGAAUGGGACUGGGAGCAGCUUUGUCCUUAAGGAGAGGAUUAUCCAUAUGAUCUCCCUGCAGAUAUGUUUGACUGUGAGUGCUGCUGGGGAGGUCUCAGCAGAAAAAUGGGGCUACUCAAGCCAAUAGAGGCCAUAUGAAAGUCUGAGGACAGAAUUGGGCUUCAGAGCCACCCUCUCCCCACCUGUGCUUCCUCCUCUUUGCUCAAAAUGCAGUUCUGGAGAACUAAAUACUGAGCCGUGGCAUUCAGAAGAGGGGCAGGAUGUGCUUGGUUGCUGAUAGCUGCUUGGAGGCUGCAGCCACCUGGCACUGGGAGCUGAAUAUACUCAUAAAGGAACCCAGAAGAUACUUUGGGGCUCCUCCAGUGUUCCAAAACGAGCCUUCAUAAGGGUUUUCUGAAAAAACAGCCUCUUUGCCUGCCUCAGGGUUUGUUUGUAAGCUCUACAAGGAGCUGUGCCCAUCACCUGCAAGCCCUAGGGCUUGGGUUGUGGCAGUGAGUAUUGCUUACAUGUAGCCAGGGCCAGAUCCUACUCCCCCACUAGGCAUUAAAGUGGCACUUCAAUGCCAAUCUGUGAUCUGUUCCAUCCUGAAAACACUACUUCAUCUCAGCCUUAGGAGUCCAUCACCUAAAGCUGCGAGGGGGAGGACCUGGAUCCAUACACCUUUAAAAGCGAUGGUUUUUCAGGAGUUUGCUCAGAGUGGAAUAGAAUUGCACUUAGGUGCCUACUGGGUGAAAUAAGAUCUCCUGCAACACUUCCUCACCUGACCUAGCUGUCCAGAUGGCAGCCACACCUGGCAAAACAGCCUGUGCCUGUUGAAGCUAAUUUGAUCCAUGGUGGGAGUGACGUGUGUCGAGGGGCGCUCAUGAUUCCUCUCUAAAUGCCACGUUCUCUCCAUCCCUGGGGGUUGUGAAAUGUGGUGCUGGCCCUUUAAGGAUCAGGGCUCUGGAUUCAUCUUUGGUGUAUACAAGAUUCCUUCAGGGACAUCUGGUAGCUAAGCAAUCACCAUGACAACACCACUGUUAGGCUUGAAUUGGCUGGGCCCCAAAAUGGGUGUCACCGGCCACUGCGGAAGCUGGAGUCUGGGGUGAGGGAGUACAGCACGGAGGGACUGCAAGUGGCUCAGCAGCUUGGGCAGGUGCGCGAUCCAGGUGGCGGUUGGGACUGUUCUGUAGCUGUGCUGCAGGUAGGGGGGGUCCAGCUCCUGCUGCCAGUAGCACUUCAGCUGGGGCAGGCCUGGGACCGAACUUCUGACAGCCGGAAGCCUGCAGCGGUCCUGGGCUUCCAGUGGCUCUGCCCCACAACACUUCCUCACCUGAUCAUUCCCUACCUCCCGGGUCAGCACUGGGGCCAACAGGGCCACUUGGGGGAGUGAAGGCCUCAGGACCAAACUCACAGCCUAUUGGCAUUAGUGUGAAUGCAGAUGGGGGCUCAUGUAAGAGCUAUGGAGACUGCUGUGGCUAGAGGGCAAGAACUGUGCCUGAGUAAGAAAGCCCUGCCUGGCUGUAUUCUCUCCAUGUAGCCAGUGCAGUCUUCAGGACCAGCCUAUGCUACGCAUGGUUGAAGACCAGCCCUUGUGAAGAGCAUGGAAGUACCUUAGCUUGGUCUGCACUGCCCCACUAGCCAACUGAAUAAUGAGUAAGUAGCUUCGUUAAUCUCAAAUCCAGUAGAAGUCAGGGUAGAUUUGCACCUUACAGACUAAUUAAAACAGACACCAGGGUAUAUAGUACAAGCUUGUGAGAGCUGAAGCUUACUUCAUCAGAUGCUGGGAAAGGAUGUGUAGAAAUCAGAAUAUCAAACAAGUAAUGUCAGACUCCAGCCCUCCCUAGUCAGAAUGAUGGAUUAGCCUUGUGUUAGGUCAACUGGUGCAGUAUGUAAUCAGCUCUGCUUCUUACAGCACUUGUCUACCUGGCAGAGGCUGUUUAACUCCAUCUCAACUCUGGACCAGGUGAAAUGGUGACUCUCCUGUAUGAACUUGGUCCUGAAACAUAUUGGAGCUGAGUAUACUCUGAACUAACUCCCAAUUUUAGGACAGUGUCCUUUGUGAUGCAACAUUGCAGUCUCACUGCAGAACACUCUAGUGAGAGCUGCGUGUAUGUCUUGUGAUGUUGUGAUUCCAGGUCACAAAGCUGUGGGGCUGUAUUCUGAUAUAGGAAAGCUGAACGGCCCAUGCUGGAGGUGGUUAUAGAGCAAUCAUGAUAAAUGCACAAGGAGGGAAGAAAAAUGUGCAUUCCCUGGGAGGAAAAAAGGCUGGGCGUGCACAGUGCUGGUAAAACUGAAGCCAGUGGUAAGGUGAAAAUGUAGAUGUGCAGAUGGAAACCAAAGCCUCUUGCCUCAGCUUUGGUUUCCACAUUACCAAGACCAUGAGGGACUCAAAAUCUACCUGACCAAGUGCUGUGCAGCUUGCUGGCUGCUCCAUUUUAUGAGAUUUAGCUGUGGGUAGGUAGAAGCUUCCAGCCUCUCCAACAUGGAGGUGUGCAGCUCCAUGGAAAUAAUAGUCCUAGCAUCCACUGCUCUAUUUUCAUCUCAGACUGAACUGUGUGGCAGGCUAUAUCAGGAGCUAGGGAUUGACUGCAAUGUCUAACAGCUGGAUGCUGUGCUGCUCUUCUAACUGCUGCUUCUUGCUGAAGGUUCUUGUUCUGAGCUAUGAUGUCAGAUGUUACAGUGAAUCUGAAGUCCUUUCAACUUGAACAUGUGGCAGGAGAGAGUGAGCAGCCCUUGCUGCUAAAUUUGAGAUGCCGUUCUAAGGGGUUGGUGGUAAAUGCAUGUGCCCAUGCUGUCUUCUUCUGCAAGCUACUCAACACUAUCAGACAAGAAUGGAGUGAGAAGUCUCCACAGACUGCUGCCAUAGAAUCCAUAGGUUGCAACAGCCUGAAGGUUGGGAUUAUUGGUGGAGGACACAUUGGGAAACAGCUGGUCAGGGCACUGCUGGAUCUAAGUGGCAUCACAGCACAGAACAUCCAUAUCUCCACCAGGAGGCCGGAGAUUUUGUCAGAGCUCCAGCAGCUGGGGGUCGAAUGCUUUUAUGACAAUGGCCAGCUGGUGUCCUGGGCAGAUGUUGUAUUCCUUUGUUGCCUGCCAUCUCACUUGCUGCAUGUCUGCUCAGGAAUACGUGCUGCACUCCGUGAACCCUGCCUUGUGUACAGCCUAGUCAGUGCUGUUCCUGUUCCCAGGCUGAAGCAACUCCUUUCCUACAGUGCCAUUGUGAGGCCACAGUACCAGUGUGCAAGCCACAACUUUACAAAUGAAUGGAGGCCUAAUGGGACAAUCACAGCUGCUCUUCAAGACCCUGCUGUUGUGAAGGCAACCUGUCCUGGUAGUCCUAAGGGGAAAGUCACUGUCAGUGCUAAGUGGUUGGAAGCUGUUUUCUACGCAGCCCUGAACAGUUGCAUGUGGCAGCACCUGUCCCACCAGGAGACAUUGAAGUUACUCAAUAGUGUAUGCUUUUCUGAGCCCUGCCAUGUCUGUAUGGAGAAAGAGACUUGCCCCUUGUUUGUGUGUGGGAGCUUUGUCAACCAAACCUUUGCUGCCUCCCUGACUCAACAAGACACCUUUCCCUGGUUUGACCUGACAACUGUACAACUGAAGGAGACCCCCUUUGGCCAGCUCCUAGCAAGGUGUGUGCAUCUCCAGAACCACCUUGCCCAGCUAUAUCAUGCCUCAUUUGAAGCCCACACUGACAGCAGGAUGUCUCUUUGUCCUGCCACAGCAGAUCCCAGUAUGGUGACCUGUCAUGAAUCAAUGUCCACUAUGACCGCUUUGGAUGUGACUGGCACAGAAAGCCUGGAGGAAGUUCCUCACGCUGAUUUUGAAACUUCGUAAAGUAGAACCAACCCUCUAUGGAUGGGGCUGCUUUGUUAAAUUUUCUUACUAAAGAGAAUUGUUAUGGAGAUUAA